AUAUAUAUUAUUUACGAAUUAAUCCGAAUAUAUAAUCAUGCGGGGCGAAACACACGUUUUAGCGGAAGUUUUGUAUCAUCCACACUAUGAAAAGUAUAAACUUGGCUUCCCGUUUCCUUCUCCCAAGUUACAAGUCGAUUAUUCGAAAAAUGACGAGUUCGAAUAACAUAAGAGACAUAUGGAAAACCGCAGAUGCUGUGUCCUUCGAUGUCGAUUCCACUGUCAUAACGGAGGAAGCUAUCGACGAACUUGCCAACUUCUGCGGGAAAGGAAAACAAAUCACCGAAUUAACGAAAAAGGCUAUGCAAGGUGAUAUGACAUUUCAGCAAUCCUUAUCUAUAAGACUGGGGAUCAUAAAUCCAAGUUUGACACAAGUGAAAGAGUUCUUGAAUACACAUGAAAUAAAACUUACCACUGGCAUCAAAGAGUUGGUGUCUACCUUACAAGCUCGUGGCAAGCAAGUGUUCCUUGUCUCUGGUGGCUUCCGUUGUCUCAUCACACCAAUUGCUAAGCAACUCAACAUUCCAUUCGAAAAUAUUUAUGCAAAUAGAUUAAAAUUUUAUUUUACAGGUGAAUACGCUGGGUUCGACGAGACUCAGCCGACUUCUAGAAGCGGUGGCAAAGGAGAAGUGAUACGACGUCUGAAAGAUGAAAAAGGAUUCAAAGUUGUCGUACAUGUCGGUGACGGCUCAACAGAUUUAGAAGCAUCACCGCCAGCAGACGCGUUUAUAGGAUUUGGUGGAAAUGUAAUUAGGGAAAAUGUAAGAUCACGCGCUCAAUGGUUUGUUACAAACUUUGAUGAUCUUGCAAAUUGUUUAUAAACACGCAAUAUUUCUAUGAAAAUGAUACGAGGUUCUUUUUGAUAUCUUAGUAAAAAUAAAUUGUUCAAGAAAAUAAGAAAUAAAUUGUUUCAGAAAAAA